AUGGACGAAGAGCAGUCCCCGUUGAUGCGGAUUCCCGCUGAAAUCCGCUUGCUCAUUUACGGGUACCUUCUUGACGACGGGGGACAGAAGAGACUUGCGAUCCGGAACAAGGCGUUGCACCAGCUCUCUGGCAUCUCUUUGAGCGCAUACAGGCGUUCGCCAUACCGGGUGAUCGAGAGGUCCUUUCAUCGACAGUGUUUCGAGACCACGUACCACAUGGCGACGAAGACGAAGCUGCACCCGGCGAUCAUGGCCGUCAACCGCCAGAUCCAUCGCGAAACGAGCCAUGUGCUGUAUGGCACGCACAGCUUCGAUUUCAACGGCGACAUCGAAGCAGUCGUGCCCUUCCUCCGGGAUCUGACCCCGGCGUCCAGGGCUCUGAUACAAGAGAUCACGAUCCGGAAAGACGGACCCAUGUACUACUGCGAGAGCGACCGUUUGGAUUGGGUCAAUAUGUGCAAAUACUUGCGAGGGCUGGACAAGAUGAUACCGAAUUUGCGGGUUAUUGUCGAGGGCGGGAAGCCUUCAGAGGCGUGGGAAGGUGCGCAACGGCUCGAGGCGUCGGAUUUCCGGCUGCUUAGCCUCAUCAAGCACGAGAGCAUGGAAUGGAUUUCGGAGCUGCAGAAGAUCCAAGGUCUCGAGCAGCUGGAAAUCGUGCCGCACAUGCGCUACCUGCGGCGGCCGAGCACGACGACAACGCUGCUGUUCGCGGCCUUCUCCGCGUCCAUCGACACAGCGCUGGUCGACUAUCUGCGAGAAGACUGCCAGCUGCCCGCAAGGGCUGGACUCUUGGCUUAG